AUGUCACGCCCAACCCUUUCCUACGGCCUCAACCUCUCCAACAAAAAGCCCCAAGGCCUUUCCCUAGCCAAAGCCACCACCUCCACCAACAACCCGCAAAAGCGCAAAAGGACAAUCUUCGACUCAGAUUCCGAAGAUGGCGACGCCCAAAAAGAAAGCAACGGCUCCAUAGAAAUCACCACUAGCAAAAAGCACGCCCAAACCGCCGAAUCUCUCGACUCAUCCAUCUACGACUACGACGCCGUCUAUGACUCCCUCCAUGCCAAACCUUCCUCCACCGCCGCCGCCACUGAAACCUCGACAUCGAAAUACAUGACCGCCCUCCUCCGCAGUGCAGAGAUACGCAAGCGCGACCAGCUGCGCGCGCGCGAUAAACAGCUCCAACGCGAACGCGAGGCAGAAGGCGAAGAGUAUGCGGAUAAGGAGAAGUUUGUUACGGCGGCGUACAAGGCGCAGCAGGAGGAGGCACGGCGGAUAGAAGCGGAGGAGGCGGAGAGGGAGCGGGAGGAAGAGGAGCGGCGGAAAAAAGGCGGCGGGAUGGUGGGGUUUUACAAGAAUAUGCUUGAGCGGGAUGAGAGGAGGCACGAGGAGGUGGUGAAGGCAGCGGAGUCUGCAGCGGCGAAGAAGCGAGGUCCGGCGGCGGAAAGGGUGGAGCAAGAGGAGUUACUGGAAGCGACGGAGAAGAGCGAGGCGCAGAUUGCGGCGGAGCUGAAUGCGCGGGGCGCGAAUAUCAUUCUUAAUGAUGAGGGGCAGGUUGUUGAUAAGCGGCAGUUACUUACGGCUGGGUUGAACGUUUCGCGGAAACCCGAGAAGGCGAAGGGGGCGCCUGCGGCGGCGGAUAAAGCGGCUGGGUCCGCUGGGUGGGCCGUAGAGGGGAGAUGGAACCAGCCGGAUGCUGCUGGUUCCGGGCGUGCGGGUCAGCGGGCCAGACAGACGGAGAUGUUGGCUACGCAGUUGGAGGAGAGAAUGCGGAAGGAAGAGGAAGAGAGAGAGGCGAAGGAGAAGGAGCUAGCAGCGAAGAUGAAGAGUUCGAAGACGGCGGGUGAUGUGCAAAGUGCACGGGAGCGAUAUCUCGCUCGGAAGAGGGAGAAGGAGAAAGAGGGGCGCCAAUAA